AUGGUACCAGGGUUGUCUGUUGCAGAACUAAAAUUACCAUCUGAUUUUAUGGUAAUUGCUGGUCCGUUAACAAAUGUCCUGGUGAAAACAUUAGCAGAGGAUGAAGAUAAAGAACAGAAGAUCAAUUUUCCUCUAGAAGAAAAGAUUCAGUACUUUUGCCAGGACCCUCUUCCAAAGCAUCUAAAAGAUCAUCUUUCUAUUUUACAUAGGAAAGGAGUUUCCCAUUACAAAGUAAUCCUUCCUUGGACUAGUAUUCUGCCUGAGGGUACACCUGAGAAGGUAGAUCAUAACCAAAUAAAAUGCUAUUCAAAUCUCCUAAAUGAAAUAAUAAUUGCAAAUCUCAAGCCUUUGCUGGUUCUACAUGAUAAUGACAUCCCCCAAGGACUGAUUGCAAAGUACGGUGACUGGGAGAAUGAGGCACUUGUUGAUUCAUUUGUCAACUAUGCACGGUUUGCUUUUAUAGUCUUUGGAGAAAAAGUUGAAACCUGGAUAACAUUUGAUGAUCCUUUAGAGAUAAUAAAAUCUGAACAUAAGCUACAGCACAAUGGAUCUUCUUCAAUCAAGAACAUAAUCCAUGCCCAUGAAAAGGCUUACCAAAUUUAUCACAGUGAGGUGCAAUACAAAGGAGGAAGACUGUCUAUUGUUUUGAACAUUAAUGAUAUGAUUUCUACAGAUGAUAUAUUCCGGCCAUUUCAACAAGUUAUCAAUGAGGGAAUGGUGGACUUGAUUGCUGUAACUAUACCACAUGAUUGUGGACCAAAUCGUAAGAUUGACCCCUUAGGAAAUGAAAUCUCAAAAGCAAAUGAAGAUUCUUUAGAGGAAAAGCUGACAAAAAUCAAGAGCAUCAGCAAAUUUUUACAGAUUUUGAUCUUUAGCUUAGACUUUUCACAAUGUGCUGUUUCAGCUGUAGGCAGUUCAGAGCUUUACCGAACGGCACUCACUGGAAUUAUAAAAGCUGUAAAUAACAAUAAGGUGCCAAUUAUUGGCUGUGAUGCCAAUCACUUCCUGGACAAUUUGCCAUUGUAUUACCAAACAAGCAACUCGGAUAAUGACAGUAACUUUUCUCCAGUGGAAGAAGGAAACAAGCCUCAGUUUGAAGAAAGUAACAGCGAAAUCUACCUUCAUAGAGCAUCUCCCCAUACAUCUUAUGAAACUGUAUGGAAGAAGUUUUCUCAACAAUCCGAAACGGAGAGGGACUCCUUGCUGUAUGGCACUUUUCACAGGGCUUUCUUCUGGAGCACAGCUACCGCCUCAUUUAAAAUUGAGGGAGGCUGGGCAGAACAGGGGAAAGGAGAAAGUAUUUGGGACAGGUUUGCUCAUGAAGGAAAAAUCGAAAAAAACCAGACCGCAGAUGUUGCCUGUGAUAGUUUCAAUAAAAUUGAUUAUGAUGUUUAUUUAAUGAGAGGUUUACAAUCUAACUCUUAUAAGUUCUCCUUGUCAUGGCCUAGAAUUUUCCCUACAGGCUACCAGGCCAAACAGAACCAAGCUGGAAUAAACUAUUAUAAUAAAUUAAUUGACAGUCUGCUGGAGUCCAACAUUCAGCCAAUGGUGACUCUAUACCACUGGGAUCUUCCUCAAGCUCUGCAAGACAUUGGUGGAUGGCAGAAUGAGGACAUAAUAAAAGCAUUUAGUGACUAUGCAGAUUUUUGUUUUGCUACCUUUGGAGACCGUGUGAAGUACUGGAUCACAUUUAAUGAGCCUUGGGUAGUUAGUUAUGCUGGAUAUGGCACAGGAGAACAUGCACCUGGAAUCAGUGAUCCAACUACUGCAUCCUACAAGGUGGCCCAUUCUAUAAUCAAGGCCCAUGCUGAGGCUUGGCACAUUUAUGACAAGAAGUACCGUUCUCAGCAGCGUGGCCAAGUAGGGAUAGCAUUAAAUUCAGAUUGGGCUGAACCUAGCUCCCCUGAUAUUCCACAAGAUGUUUUAACAGCUGAUCGAUACCUGCAAUUUAUGUUGGGCUGGUUUGCUCAUCCUAUCUUUGUUAAUGGUGACUAUCCAGAGGCCUUAAAAACUCAGAUAAAAAAAUAUAAUCAGGAAUGUCCUUCUGCUCCUGUCCAACUUCCAUCAUUUACAGAAAGAGAAAAACAACAUAUAAAUGGCACUUCAGAUUUUUUUGGUCUUAGUCACUACACCUCUCGACUAAUCAAUUCUACCACUAAUAAAACAUGUGUUUCAAACUACAAUCGCAUUGGGGAUUUUUCUCCACAGAUAGACACAUCAUGGCGCCCGACUGCAUCUCCAUGGAUAUAUAUUGUGCCCUGGGGAUUACGAAGGUUAUUAAAUUUCGUCACCCAGGAAUAUACAGGUACCAACAUUCCAAUUUACAUAACAGGAUAUGGUGUGCCAACAGAAUAUGGUGGCCCUGAUUCAAUAAAUGACACCAUAAGGAUAGAGAAUAUUGCUGCCUAUAUUAAUGAGGCACUGAAGGCUUCGAUUAUGGAUAAUGUUGAUCUAAAGGCAUUUACACUAUGGUCACUAUUGGAUAAUUUUGAAGGUCCACAAGGAUACAGCCAAAGAUUUGGGCUUCAUUACGUAAAUUUUGAAGAUUCUAACAGACCCAGGACUCCAAAGGAAUCAGCAUAUUUUUAUACACAGAUAAUCGAGAAUAAUGGUUUUGUUAACAGCUCUUCCAACAAUUUAAUUCAGACCCUUAUUCCCAACAACAAUGUUAAAAGAUUGAGGAAUUUGCCAGCAUCUGAAGUGCCCUCAAAGGCUAAAGUUGUGUGGGAGAAGUUUUCAAGUCAAGAGGUUAUGGAAAGGGACAAGUUCUUCUAUGACACAUUCCCAGAAGGAUUUGAAUGGAGUAUAUCCUCUUCGGCUUAUCAAGUCGAAGGUGGGUGGAAUGCUGAUGGAAAAGGACUUAAUAUCUGGGACAAUUUCACACAUACGCCCAAUAUGGUCCAGAAUGGUGACACUGGAGAUGUUGCAUGUGAUAGUUACAACAAAAUUGAUGAAGAUCUUUACAUGCUCCGAGCAUUGAGAGUUAAAAACUACCACUUUUCUAUUUCAUGGUCUCGUAUUUUCUCCAAUGGAAGAAUUGAGUCACUGAACCUUGCAGGUGUUGAUUAUUAUAACAAACUAAUUGAUGGUCUUCUUGCAAGCAAUAUAACACCAAUGGUAACACUUUACCACUGGGAUUUACCUCAAGCUCUUCAAAAUAUUGGAGGUUGGGAGAAAGAGGAACUGGUUGACCUGUUUAAUGCAUAUGCUGAUUACUGCUUCAAAACUUUUGGUGAUAGAAUUAAGUUCUGGAUAACAUUUAAUGAACCCUCUGUAUUCAGCUGGGAAGGAUAUGGCACAGAUUCCUUUCCCCCUGCUUUAAACAAACCAGGCAAUCUUCCAUACACAGUGGCACAUGUGGUGCUGAAGGCUCACGCCAAAGCCUUUCACACAUAUGAUGAUAAAUACAGAAGUACACAGAAAGGCUUAAUUUCUAUCAGCCUUAAUGCAGACUGGGUGGAACCCAAGACAAUUAAUAACAUCCGAGAUAUAGCUGCAGCUGAUCGCUACCUGCAGUUUAUUUUGGGCUGGUUUGCACACCCCAUUUUUAAAAAUGGGGAUUACCCUGAGGCAAUGAAAUGGCAGGUUGGAAACAAGAGUGAACUGCAACGUCUAUCAGCUUCAAGGCUUCCUCAGUUUACAGAGAAAGAGAAAGCUCUUAUCCGUGGUACUGCAGAUGUUUUUUGUCUCAGUACAUACACCACGAAAAUUGUACGCCAUCAUAUUGCCAAACUCAAACAGUUUUCGUAUAAAUAUGAUCGAGACACGGCUGAAGAAUUUGACUCAAGUUGGCCAACUUCAGCUACUAAGAAAUUAAAGGCUGUAGCCUGGGGCUUGAGAAGACUACUGAACUGGAUCAAGGAAGAAUACAACAAUCCCCCUAUUUACAUAACUGGAAAUGGGGUAGCAACAAAGCCUACUUCCACUGUGGAUGAUACAGACAGAAUAUUCUACUACAAAACGUAUAUCAAUGAGGCUCUAAAAGCUUACAAGUUGGAUGAUGUUAAUCUUAAAGGCUACACAGCUGCAUCCCUCUUGGACAGUUUUGAAUGGGUCAAUGGAUACAGUUUGCAAUUUGGGCUGCAUCAUGUAAGCUUCAAAGAUCCUAACAGACAAAGAACUCCCAAGCGGUCAGCACAUUAUUAUGCAGAAAUAAUUCGUGACAAUGGCUUCCCACCUCAGAAAGAUGAUGAAUUUCUUUAUGGGGAAUUUCCGAAGAACUUUGCUUGGAGCGCGGCUACUGCUGCCUAUCAGAUUGAAGGAGCUUGGAGAGCUGAUGGAAAAGGACUUAGUAUAUGGGACACCUUUACUCAUACUCCCUUGAAAGUAGGCAACGAUGAUACUGGAGAUGUAGCAUGUGACAGCUACCACAAGAUGGAUGAAGAUUUGGCUAUUCUGAAACAACUGAAAGUCAACCAUUAUCGCUUUUCCCUAUCCUGGUCUCGCAUUCUUCCAGAUGGAACCACAGGAUUUGUAAAUGAAGUUGGAUUACACUACUACAUAAAGUUUAUAGAUGCUCUUCUUGCAGCUAACAUUAAACCUCAGGUUACGCUUUAUCACUGGGAUCUGCCUCAAGCUCUGCAAGAUGUGGGUGGCUGGGAAAAUUGUAGCACCAUUGACCGAUUUGUGGAAUAUGCUAAUUUCUGCUUUCAAAGAUUUGGUGACAAGGUCAAGUUCUGGAUAACCUUGAAUGAGCCUUACAAUGCAGCACUUCUUGGUUAUGGCUACGGCACAGCAGCACCAGGUAUUUCCAUGAGAUUAGGCAGUGCUCCUUAUAUUGUUGGUCACAAUUUAAUCAAAGCUCAUGCUGAAGUUUGGCACUUGUACAAUGAAACUUACAGAUCACAGCAGGGAGGGUUGAUUUCCAUUACUAUCAAUUCUGACUGGGUUGAGCCAAGGAACCCAUAUAAACAGGAAGAUAUUGAUGCUGCAAAUAGGCAUUUGAAGUUUUAUGGAGGUUGGUUUGCAUAUCCAAUUUUCAAAAAUGGUGACUACAAUGAGGUGAUGAAAGCACGUGUGAGAGAGAAGAGUUUGGCUCAAGGCUUGCCUAAAUCACGACUCCCUGAAUUUACUGAAACAGAAAAACAAAGAGUCAAGGGAACAUAUGAUUUUAUGGGAUUUAAUCACUACACCACAGUCUUAGCAUUCAAUACCAAUUUUGGAAAUGCUAUUCCAAUGUAUGAUGCUGACAGAGGAACCGGGACUACAGUAGACCGCAGCUGGCUUAGAUCUGGAUCUUUCUGGCUGAAAGUAACUCCAUGGGGUUUUAGGAGAAUUCUUAACUGGAUUAAGAAAGAAUUCAACAACCCGCCCAUUUACCUAACAGAAAAUGGAGUUUCAGAGCAUGGGGAUCAAGGCCUCAAUGAUACCUGGAGAAUCAGUUAUCAUAAAAGUUAUAUAAAUGAAGUUUUAAAAGCCAUUAAGCUUGAUGGAAUUGAUAUCCGUGGCUACACAGCAUGGUCAUUGAUGGACAACUUUGAAUGGGCUGUAGGAUAUGCUGACAGAUUUGGUUUAUUUUACGUGAAUUAUUCUGACCCCUCUUUACCUCGCAUUCCUAAAGCUUCAAGUAAAUACUAUUCUACAAUUAUACGCUGUAAUGGCUUCCCUGAUCCAGCUUUAGGACCGCACAAGUGUCUCCAGUUGGAAACUACCUCCAUGAAACCCGCAACAGUGAAACCCACAUCUACUAUCAAAACAACCACAAUGACAACUGACACUGGAAGGGUUCAUUUUCUGGGAUUAGAAAUAUCUAAUGUGGAUGCCACAAGUGCUUUGUAUACUUUGUUCGUUAUUUUAAUAAUUGCUGUUGCUUUGUUGGCUAUCUUUUCAUACAAAACUUGGAAGAUGAGAAGAGUAAACAAACAAAACAAACAACUAAAAUCAUCUCCUCACACAACUGAAUUAUCAAUAUGUCAGAACACUAAGUUCUGA